AAAACGUAUUCUCGCGAGGUCAGGUUACACUUAAAUGUUACGCGGGAAUCCUUCCGUCGUAUCCAUGGACGAAUCAACAGUAGCAGCUAACAGACUGAAUGUUUCAAUAGAUAAUACGUACAACAUUAAUACAAUCUGCGCAAUUCGACGUCAAGGCUUUUUUAAAGUUAUUAGCGCGUAAAACGUCGCUGCUUCACGCGGUUACGCGACCGUUUACCGUCUGAUAACGGUUGUCAGUUAACAGGUCGCCAGCUGACGGUUUCUAAAUAUGGACCCUACGGAGGAUUUGUCAGCUCGGGUCCUGUUUAAACACAUUCUGGUCACCGAUCAGCCCAGAACUCCCGUCACCCGCAGUGCUACCAAAGCGUCGAGUCCCAGCCGCAUUACGCGUAGCAAGAAAGAUGCUGGUGCCCAAACCCCACAGAACAUCUUGAGGCGCAGCAUGAAGAAUAAGAUCCGUGAGAGUAUAACCAGGAAAUCCCUGCCUGCAACUACAAGGAGAAAAACAAGCACACCUGCCUCAGCAUCGAUGCUGUUUGACGAUGGAGUCACACCAAGGCACAUACUCAAGAACAUUAUCUUGACAGAGCCCGUGAAGUCCCCUGUGGUUCAUGAAACAACUGCAUCAGAAGAGCUACAUCUGCCUUCAGCCAGUUCCAGCAUUACCAGGAAGCGUUCAAGCACUUACCUGUCAGGGCUCGAUCUGCCCGAGUUAACUUUCAGCAAUGCUGCAAGCGCUGCAAAAGGACUGAGAAGAAAGAGACUACGGCGGAGCCUUAAUGUGACAGCUUUUGAAAAGCGCCUUGGAGACGAUGUUGAGGCAGAACAUGAACAAUCAAGCGUUGAACAGUCAUCACUGUCUUUGUCAAGUUCCACUUCACUGGAUCUAAGAACACCCUUUGUGGGUGUUCACUCUGAAAAAAGAGGCCUAAAAAGAAGGGUUUCUAACCGUCGGAAAAUCACAGAGGAAGAAUUUGAUGCUGGGGUAAUUAACAGGCGGGUUGGAGAGAGCAGUGUUGGGCCAGUGGAGUGUGGACUCAGUGAAACUGCCUUUACUGAUGGCUUCACUCUGGAGCUAAGCAAACUCAGUGUACCGGACAUCACAGAUGAUAUUGUCAACUGUAACACGGCUCUCUACGCCCAGUCAGAAGUCAUGGCCUCCAGCUCUCUUGUUGCUACACAGGACAAACCCACAGUUAUGGCUUCUCAGCUUCAAAGAGAGAUGAUGGAGACGAAGGAAGAGAAGAGCCAGUUUUGGAAAGAGACAUCAGUAAAUGCAUUUACAACUGAAGAUGUGGUUGGGGAAGAACAUGAAAAUCAGGAAUGUUUCUCACAAGAUGAUGGGGCAACUGGGCCUCAAAGUGAGGACAAGGAGAGUACAGCUGAUGAUCAACCAAAAGGCAGUGCAGCCACGUCAGAAUCUGAGGAAGGUGUACUUGACACUCAGACUAGUGGAAGCCAAGAUAUGUCUAAGACUGUGGAAGUAGAGGACACGGAGACAAGAGAAGAAUCUCCUCAGACAGAAGAGGACCCUGAAACUAUGUCUCACUCUGAGGAAGAGGAGGUUGUAGCAGAAGAUGCAGUUGAAUCCCAAACAGAAGAGGACAACAGGGGAGAUGUUUUUCAAAGUGAAGGAGAUAAUGCUGCUGUGUCUCAGUCUGAUUCUGAAGAAAAGGAGGCAAUACCUGAUGCUGAAGCUGAAGAUGAUGAUGCAGCCAAAACUCCAACUGGAGAACGUGGUGCAGUUGUCUUUCAGGAAGUUGCUGAAACCACGCCUCAGUUUGAAGAGGGGGAAGAUGUAGGUGAGUCUCAGACUGAGGAGGAGAAUGAUGGGAAGCGACAGGAGGAGGACGAUGGUGAGCAGUCCUCUGAUCACCUGGACCGUAGUUUGGAGCACAUCAGUAGAAGGGCCUAUCGCUCAGAAGGGACAGGUGCACAACUGGCAGAUGCCACCGAGACGGGUUGGUCUGAUACGUCCAAAGCGCAUAGUGUUGAUCCAUGCGUCCUGGAAGUGAGAAGCCAGGACAACUUUCAACCUCAAACUGAGAUACCUGACUUGGCAGACACUUCAACCCAUGGACAGAAAUAUUCAACUUUUACAGCCCCCGAGUCGGAUCAAGAGACUGUCGCAGAACAGGAAGUAAUGCAUGACAACAACAACAGCAGCCACCUGAGCGAUGCUUUACCUGUAGAAGCUGAUGAGCAGGAAGAAGCAUGGGAGGAUGUAGAAGCUGAAGAGUUCCCCUGCAAGACUCCGGCAUUUGUCAGACAGAAGAGGAACUUUCUCCCAACUGAUCCUGUGCCUCAAAAUCCUCUUAAAGUUCUAGUCAGUGGUACGAGGGAAGAGUUAACUGCAGCUAAACCCAAACAGGCCCGACAGAGGAAAAAAGGUCCAGCUAAGAAAGAACCAGGCCUUUCUAAGACCUACCUGAUGGGUGUUUUCAAGCACUUUGCCAAAACAAAGGUCUCGGCAGACGUAUAUCCUGUCCUAAAAGAAACAAUGAAUAAAUUCUUUGAUCGUCUGGCAGAGGACUUGGAGACCUACGCACAUCAUGCAAAGAGAAACACGAUAGAGUUUGAAGAUGCUGUUCUUUUGUUGAAAAGACAGGGCUAUGUGAAUGAUAAAGUGCCAGUGGAAGCACUUAUUGAAAGAUAUCUUCGCAUGGACCAGCGCAGGCUCCUGAUCCCCAUUGCAAAAAGUGGGAAUGUUGUUAGUCCUAGGAAAAGGUGAAUAUUUCUAUGUGCUGUCACUUUAUUGGAUUCAUCACUUGCCCUCUUACACAGUAUCCGAUUUGGACAUGAGAUCAUUGUGUAGUGCUGAUAAUCAGAAUAUGUUUUUGUAAAUCUGUUUAUAUAUAUAUAUAUUAACCUAUUCCCAACUAUUUCUGUUUGAAUAACCCUUGUGUUCUGCUGUCUUUUGGUUGAUUGUGCAUUCUGUUUGUAAUUCUUAAUCUUUUAACACAUUUAUACAGCUUAGUCAAAAUAAGAUGUGCAGACCUCCAAAAUGAGCAAAAAGUAAAAAUAAAGUUGUUAUACUUCAGCAGAAGCCAUA